CAGACUUCGGAGUUUUGUCCUUCACGCAGGAAUGUUCAUGGAAAAAUGAGAAAAAUGAGUAGAAUAUCGUUUUAAUAAAAGAGAUUUAACACAGUAGAUACCAGGAAAAGUGUCUUUAUACCUUACACAGUCAUGGCGACUGUAAAACAGAAACUUUUAUUCAGAAAUAAAGACGUUAAUAGUUCUGACGGGACAUUGAGGAGUUUCACUGAAAACCGACACAACGAGACGGUAAAUGUGCUGAAAGGGAGAACUCAGGCUCGGAGAAAGUCUCUUAAUGAUUCAUUGGAAGGGGACAUCAAAGAUUUCCUCAUAAAUGAAUCUGAACUUCAUACGUAUGAUGACCUCACCAAAGUAAACCCUGUUACCCCCACUACAGUGCUGAAGUGUCUGCAGGCUCGGUACAGUGCAAAAGUGUUUUACACACAUGCUGGCUGCACACUGGUGGCUCUCAACCCAUUUCAGCCCGUCCCUCACCUGUACUCUCUGGAUGUGAUGAGGGAAUAUCACUCCGCCCCUCAGCCUCAGGAAUUCAAGCCACACAUCUUCAUUGUUGCAGAAGAAGCCUACAGGAAUGUACAGGGUCAGGUGGAGCCUAUAAAUCAGUCACUGGUGGUCUCUGGAGAGAGUGGAGCUGGAAAAACCUGGACGUCACGCUGUCUGAUGAAAUACUACGCCACGGUUGCUGCAUCUUCUCAAAAAUGCCAAAACACUGUAGAGAAGAUAGAAAGACGAGUGUUGGACUCAAACCCUCUCAUGGAGGCAUUCGGCAAUGCCUGCACAUUACGCAACAACAACAGCAGUCGUUUUGGAAAAUAUAUUCAGCUGCAGCUCAACAGCUCUCAGCUGCUGGUUGGCGCGUCAGUGCAGACUUAUCUGUUGGAGAAGACACGAGUGGCUUUCCAAGCACCUAAUGAGAGAAACUUUCACAUAUUCUACCAGAUGAUGAAAGGGGCCACAGAAAAACAGAGACUGGAAUGGAUGAUGCCUUUAGACCGAGGCUUUGCCUGGUUGCCAAAUGCUGAGAAAACCUUAGAUGAAGACUGUCUGCAGGAAACUGUGGAAGCAAUGGUCAACCUUGGUAUUGAUGAAGAGAAGAGGGCACAGAUAUUCAGGAUACUUGCAGGUCUUCUGCAGCUUGGAAACGUGGACUUCAGUCCGGCAUCUGAAGAGUCCCAGCCAUGUGCUUUGGAUGAAAACUCAAAAGGUUUCCUACAGAAGACCUCUGUCCUGUUCCAGGUGCCAUUAGAUGAACUGCAGACGUGUCUGAUCGUACGAACUCUUCGUGCUGGUAAACAGAACGUGCUCAAGCCGUGCUCGCUGUCAGAAUGCACAAUCCGCAGAGACUGUCUCGCUAAAGUCAUCUAUGCACAAUUAUUUGAUUGGUUAGUCACUUUCAUCAAUAACAGUAUGUCUGCAGACACUUCCAUGUGGUGCAACUUCAUUGGCCUGUUGGACGUUUAUGGUUUCGAGUGUUUCCUCUUGAAUAACCUGGAGCAGUUGUGCAUUAAUUAUGCUAAUGAGAAGCUCCAGCAGCACUUUGUGGGUCAUUAUCUGAAGGCCCAACAGGAGGAGUACGUGUCCGAGGGGCUGCAGUGGUCCUUCGUACGUUACCAAGACAACCAGGCUUGUCUGGACCUGAUUGAAGGCAGUCCCACCAGCAUUAUCUCCCUGCUCAAUGAGGAGUGUCGUUUGAACAGAGCAUCGGAUGCUCGGCAGUUUCGUGUGCGUCUGGAAAAGGAGCUGUCAGAAAACGCCAACAUCAGCUGGGACAAACUCAGUAAAGAGCCUCAUUUCACCAUCGCCCACUACGCCGGCAAAGUCCGCUAUCAGAUCGAAGGCAUGAUGGAGAAGAACAAGGACCCGGUUCCUCCUGAGCUUAUCCGUGUCCUGCAGAAGUCCCAUGAUUCAUUGCUGCACAGUCUCUUUCAUGAGGAUGACCAUGAGAUUGGGGCGUCCAGAGGACACAACAAAGUCAUUACUGUUGUCUCUAAAUUUAAGAACUCACUUGAAAGUCUGAUGAAGAUUUUGCACAGCACCACUCCUCACUACACACGCUGUAUUAAACCCAACCCUGAAUGUAGACCGCUCACCUUUAAAAAGGAAGAGGUUAUCAGUCAGCUUGAAGCUUGUGGGAUUGUGGAGACCAUAAACAUCAGCGCAGCAGGAUUUCCUAUCAGAAUUCCUGAUGUUAGUUUCCUCCAGCGAUAUGGACUGAUUGCAAACAUGCGACUAAACAGAGAUGACAGCCCUGAAAUGAGUGACGAGUCUGUUCUGAGAUCUGAAGUGGAGGAUGUGCUCAGGUUAAUUCUCAAGAGACACACCCCUAACUCCACCCUCAACCCUGUUGACAACAACAUCAUGGUGCAUUGUGGGAGGACCAAAGUCUUUUUGACUCAUACCCUGUUGGAGAUGUUGGAGGAGAGCAGGAUGAGGGUGCGAUCACAGAAGGCGUUUUGUAUCCAGUGUGCCUGGCGUAGGCAUCAGCAUCAUCAGCGUAACAUCAAGACGCGGGCUGUCACUCGUAUACAAGCAGGUGUGAGAUCCUGGCUGGUUAGAAGAGAAGUGAAGAAACUGCACAAAGCUGCAUCGGUCAUCCAGUCCAGAUGGAGGCGUUGGAGAGCACACAUGGAUGCGCUCGCCGAGGCAGAACUGGACGACGCUGAAGAUUUUGUUGAGGAACAAGCAUGCGGGUUGCCCAAGCUGGACCCUCUGCUGAAGGAGAGAGGAUCAGUGCAGCUCUCCAGCAUCCCAGAGCCGGUUGUGGUCAGAGGUUGGCCCAUCGGGCUGGUCAUGGCUUCUGCGCCCAACGUCACCGUGUCUCUGACUGCGUCUGGUUUUCAGAGGGUCAUGUCAAUGAUGGCAUGUCUAAAGAUUCCCUUUAGACACAACGAAUACAAAGUAGAGACCAACCAGUUUGAGCAGGGGGUUGCUUCCAUCAGAGCACAGCCACGGGGGUCAAUUAAAAUGCAUCUGCAGAGAUCUCCACUGCUGUAUGCUAACAUGCAGCCCGUACACAAGACUGACGGGGUGACUGGAUUUAAUCAGAUACUGUUGGAAAGAACCUGAUACCUCGUGUCCUUUCAUUUGAAUGAGCUUCAUUCAAUCAAUGCACCUUGGAAACACUAAAUCACUUAGCUGCCUUAUUGUUAGUGUAAUAGUGUUUGAUAUUGAUAUACUCUCAACAUGAAGCACAAGUGCCUUGAAUUCUGGAGUAUAUACUGUAGACCCUUUUAUAAUUAUGUUACCUCUGAUGACCGAGACAUUUUAUACUUGCAUGAUCAGUAAGAGAGUUAAAUUUGCACAGUUAUAGAUAUCAUUGAUGUGCUGCUUAUAUAUCCCAAAAAGGGCAUUUCCAAAUAUCUCUACAGAAUAUUAAUUUAAUAUAAAACUAUGAAAAUGAAGCAUUAAACAUCCUAAAUGACACAUAAGAGCUUACUGUGUAUUUAUACGUGUUUUA